AUCUUCAUUUCAUUUCAUUUCACUCCAUAUUGGUUAUCAUUUUUCAUAAAAAUAAGAAUAUAAAUUAAAAUAAGACAUGACUUAAAGGUAUUAGUUAUCAGGUCAUGAAAUCCCUAAAAAAAAUGUCAUUAUAGGAGUUGUUGUUUUGGUAAAAAUGAUUGGCGAACACAAUGAAAACAUUCUAUCUGAUAUGCUACCCACUUACUAUGCCAGGCAAUUUCCGCAAAAUAUAUUCUGUAGAUGGCUAGCAUGCGGUAGUUCGCCUCAACCGCUCUGUAACAGAGAAUUAUCAUUUACUUUAGCUGACGAUGUCUACCUCCGUUAUUUGUCGAUUUCGCAUCAAAAGGAUUUACAAACCCUUCUUCAAAAGAAAUGUCCACACAAAUUGGAUGUUGGAGCAGUUUACAACACAAAGCCUUCUGUAGGAAGACAUGACGCUGUAGUGAUAUCGCGAGAACUAGUAUUCGAUAUAGAUUUAACAGACUAUGAUGAAAUAAGAACAUGUUGUCAAGAAGCUAGAGUGUGUGAAAAAUGCUGGAAAUUUAUGGUUAUUGCAUGUGAAAUCAUUGAUAAAGCUUUAAAAGAUGACUUCGGGUUCCAAAGCAUCCUGUGGGUAUUUUCAGGUCGGCGUGGUAUUCACUGUUGGGUAUCAGAUUAUGAAGCCAGAACUCUCGAUAGUCCAGGUCGAGGAGCUAUUGCCGAUUACCUUUGUUUAAUCGUAGGUGGUGAAAACCAAAGUAAAAAAGUGCAUCUUGGCAAUGAAAACUUACAUUCCAGUAUAAGGCGUGCCUUAAAUAUAAUAGACAAAUACUUUGAACAAUUAUUACAAGAUCAGGAAUUUUUAGCAACAGAUAAGCUAAACUCAUUUUUGAAGUUGAUACCAGAUGAUGCGUUAAAAUCACAGGUUGAAACAACUUUGAAAAAAAUGCAGGAACCAUCAUUGAAUAAGUGGAACACUUUUAUAAAUAUUUAUGAAAAUUAUUGCAGAGAGAAUGGAAAUGUUAUACGAAAAAUAAAAUAUCUUAUAGAAGAAAUAAAAAUUCAAUAUUGCUACCCCAGAUUAGAUGUUAAUGUGACAAAAGGUUUCAAUCACUUGCUCAAGUCUCCAUUCAGUAUACAUCCGAAAACUGGAAAAGUGUCUGUUGUUUUCAAGUCAGCAAAUGCAAAGAAUUUGAAGAUCGAUGAAAUACCAACAAUAUACAGUUUAUUAGAUGAUAGUGUCGCCGAAAAUAACCAACAUGAAACUAAUAUGAAAGCGGCUGUUAAAAUUUUCCAAGAACUUGUAUUCGCUUUGGAGAAAACUGAAGCUAUGAGAAAACGCAGUGAUGCCAGUAAGACUAUUUUAGUUUUUGUUAUCUUGUUUAUGUCUACUACUACUACUGAGCUGGCGCUAUCACCACUGGCGCUGUCACACCAGCGGUACUUGGGCCUCCCUACGGGGCGGCGUCCCUCCGGUACACCCGUUUCACAGCCCGAUCCUGCUCCAUACGUACUACAUGUCCGAACCAUCCGAGCCUCCGUGCCUUCAUCUCCCCCAGAAUAUUUCGCUCACCAAAAAGCCUCUCCACAUCCUUAUUUUUCCGGACGUGCCAAGAACCGUCUUCUUUCCGAACUGGUCCUAGUAUUUUUCUCAAUACCUUUCGCUCAAUACCUUUGUUUCGGAGCGAAAGGUUGUUAAUGUCUAAACUGAAAUAAUAACCAGAGUAAAUGUUAAAUGUGUUUAAAUGGAACUUGUCUAAAGAACUCUUUAUAAUUAUUAUUUUUGUUGCAGAUACAUCAUUGGAUUUUUAAAUCAAUGAACAUGUGAUUCUCAAAUAAAGUUUAAUAAUGAAAAUAUGUAA